UUUUUGCUAAAAACGGGCCGCCUAGUGCAGCAUCACUAGUAAAACACGCAACCACACUGAAAGCUCCACACUAGCCGGUAUAGGCGAGCACCGUCGGCCUCACCGUCGCCGCUCGCGGCGGAGCCGACGGCGCGGAGCCACGGGUCGGUGCGACCUUUUGGGGGCCCAUGAGCUCGCCAGGACGUCACCGAUGGCUCGGCGCGCCUCUUCCCGCCAGCGCGGGGCGGCCUACCUUUUGAGCGGCCGUGAGCCGGCAGGGAGGCCGGCGAUGGCUCGGCCAGCUCCUUCCCGGCGGGUUCUCGUCGGGCUGUGCCUGUUUGAUGGCCGCACGAGGCAAAGUUGGGCGCUCCGAGCGUCUUCUCGGCGAGAACGAACGACCGGCGGUCGAGCCGCCGAACAAUUCGACGUGGCGCAGCUCCGCGCUGGCGGGCACGACCGAGCAGAUGAUGUCGGCGGCGGUCACGCGACGAGGGAGAGCCGCAGGGGCCCUCUGUGGAGCAGGCGCGCGAAAGCAGCGAUGAGUGGCGCCGCGAUCAGCCACCGUUCUCGGCCCGGCCGGAAAGCUGGCUGGUGGUCGCCGCAGCGCGUCAGCGCCACUCCGACUGGUCGGGCACCUCGGCUGGGUCCAUCAGCAAGAGGCCCGCGCCGUCGGGCGGCCCCGGGAGCGCAUGAUGCCCCUC